GUGUGUUUUGAUGACGAUAAAUGACGAGGUCAGAACGUGGACGAACAAGCUAAUCGACAUCCCUCAUAACCUUCGACUGAAGUCAAUUUGACUGUCUUCAUUUGCUAAGUAACCAAAAUAUAUCACAACCGAACUUAAUUAGUUAGAGAUAAAGAACAAGCAAAUCGGCAUAAUAUGACAUGUAUGAUUUAGUAGAGCAUUAUACUUGUUCGCUGGAAGGCUGAGAACAAAACUAUUUACAAGCUGUAUUGCAUUCAACUGACAAACAUAAACAGACGGAUCUAACAGAGUAUGAAAAACUUCAAUAUAUUCGUGCACUUGGCCAGUAUUUUUGUGGCUUUAUUGGUACGUGAUGCCAUUGGCCAGCAGCCAGAGGUUGAUAUUCCAGAUUUCGGAACCAUCUAUGGGGAAACUAUACCUUUCAAGUCAGACUAUCCCGCGGUGGACACCCAUGUCAACGCCUACCGCGGGAUUCCUUUCGCUAAGAAUGCCUCGCAUUAUCGCUUCAUGAAGCCUGAGCCUCUGGAGUCAUUGGAAGAUGGCUGGCUGAAUGCUACAGCAUACAGCAGUAUAUGCUGGCAAUUACCUGAAGUGCUAGAAGGUGAAUCACAGAGCGAAGAUUGUCUGUAUCUCAACAUAUGGACUCCACAUCCUCAGCCCACCAACGCACCCGUAAUGGUGUGGUUCCAUGGUGGCGGAUUUGUGAUAGGGUCUUCAUCUAAAGCCAGCUAUGAAGGCCACGCCCUUUGCGGAUACCAUGGAGUGAUACUGGUGAAUACCAACUACAGGCUCAAUGGAUUUGGAUUUCUCUCUACUGGUGAUGAUGUCUUGCCAGGGAUGUAUGGAAUGUAUGACCAGCUCGAAGCUCUCAAAUGGGUCAAUAAACAUAUCACAGCAUUUGGUGGCGAUCCGGAUCAAGUGACAAUCUUUGGGCAGAGUGCCGGAGCCGGCAGCGUUGGUUUACACCUUCUUGCUCAGGAAAGCGAACAAUACUUCAAGAGAGCAAUUUUAGUUAGCGGUACAGCUACAAGUCCAUGGGCUGUCGAGACAGAUGCAAGUAAAGCCAGGGAUGAUGCUUUUGGUGUCGGUGAAGCAGCCAGCUGUCCUGAUCUUAGUACAAGCGAAGCUUUAGCUCAAUGCCUGAGGGAUCUACCAGAGAAGACACUCACAUUUGCAAUUGAUAGAAUUCUUCUUGAAACCACAAACGUCAUCCCCUUCGUUCCAACUGUAGACGGUAUGUUUUUGGUCGAUAACCCCCUCAAUCUGGUUAAAGCGAAUCGUUUCAAGAAGUGCCCAAUCUUGCUUGGAGCGACAAAAGACGAUGGUAGUCUCGUCGCAGGGAGGGCCUUCAUCAGACAGAUAAACACAGACGAAGGGUACGCGAACAAAACCGAAUUCCGUGACGCACUUGAGCGCUUCACCUAUACGUAUGUCAAUGACGUCAUCAUCGAUGCGAUCAUGCAGGAAUACGUCGACUGGACUCUCGCAGACGAUCCUCAAGCGAAUUAUUUUUACGACUAUAUUGCAGUCGAGACUGAUGAGGCGUUCACUUGUCCGUCCGUAGACUUUGCAAGAUAUUACGCAGAAGACGGUCAGGAUGUGUAUCUUUAUGACUUUACACAUUUGCCCAAUCAGACCGUGUGGACCAGCGAUCUGGCCUCACCAGAGUGGAGAGGCGUGGCUCACGCUGAAGAUUUACAGUUCAUAUUUGGAUACCAUUUUAAUCCAUCUUUGACUUUAUGGGACAACAUGCCCUUAGAAGAGGUGGAACUCACCGUUGAUAUCAUGAGAUAUUAUACCAACUUUGCAAAGACAGGAAAUCCUAAUUUAGAGACAGUUGGUGGGCAACCUAACACAUCAUCCAAAGCAUGGCCAAAGUUUAGUCUUCCUGAUCUAGACUACAAAAUCCUCAACCCAGCCGUAGAGAACAGCCGAGGUUUGAAAGCAAGAGAGUGCAACUUUUGGAACAAAUACCUACCAAGUCUUGUUAUCCAGUCGAUGGAUUUGUCUGAUCUUGAAGAAGAGUGGAGAGAAGAUUACAAUCGAUGGAAAACAGAAGAUAUGGUGGAAUGGCAAGCAGCUUUUGAGGACUAUAAAUCAAACACUCAACCUUGCAACUAGGAGUUGAUGAAAUAUGCCAUUAAAAACUUUAUUAUUGUUCAACUAUCAUUUGUUUUAUUUGAUGUGGCAUAUGCUGCAACCUGGAAAGUACGGGACUGGUUUUACAGCUAGAGUGUAAAUUAUUAAACCACCGGUUCAGUGAUAUAGUAUUAAAAUCAUUUAUUAAAGGUGAUUAUUUCAUAACCAUAA